AUUUGGUCCUUCCUAUAUUUGUUUUUUUCCAUGGAAACAUUAUAGACUUUUAUGGCAUUUACUGAUGUUUUCAUUCCUUCAAACUAAUAUUUUUUCCAAAACCAUUUCAGGUACUGUAGAAUAAGAAUCAUCAAGAUGCUUGUUUCCUUCCUGCUUCUGGGACUUGUUGCCCUUAUUUACCCUACUGAAAGUAGUAAUUGGGGAUGCUAUGGAAAUAUCAGAAAUAUCAAUACCCCUGGAGCUUCAUGUAUAAUCGGAAGACGACGAGGACUGAAUUACUGUGGUGUUCGUGCUUCUGAAAGAUUGGCUGAAAUAGACUUGCCAUAUAUACAGAGGUAUCAGCCCACAUUGAGAGUGAUUGGCCAAAAAUACUGUAUGGAUCCUGCUGUGAUUGCUGGUAUCAUGUCCCGGCAGUCGCAUGGAGGCAAUGUCCUCGUCAGUGAGGGAAAUAUACCCAGUGGAAAUGUUUUGGUGCAGACUGGUGGUAUCCAGCACAUUCCUACAUAUUGGACCAGUGAAACCCAGGUUGCUCAGAAUGUUGAAACGCUGAAUAUGAGAAUCAAAGAAAUUCAGAGAAGAUUCCCAACAUGGACCACUGAUCAGUAUCUUCGAGGUGGACUUUGUGCCUACAAUGAAGGGAUAGGAUAUGUCAGAAGUAAUCAAGACCUUGGAUGUGACUUUUGCAAUGAUGUCCUGGCUCGAGCCAGAUAUUACAAGAGACGUGGAUUUUAA